GCGGAGGCGAGGCGCCUCACCGGAAGCGUCGUGGGGUGGGUGGGGGUUUGUGCUGUGAAUUCGUGUCGGAAAGAAAACAAACUGGUGGGACCCGCUCUGAGGACGCAGUUGCAGUAUCUCAAGAAGAAGGCACGCUUGUGGUGUAAAAAGUCCCAAUGGCAGAACUAUCUGCACAUUUAUCACAGGUCCAGCGUGGGCAGGUGAAAGAGAACUUCCCUGACAACCAUCUGACCAAUACUGUGGCACCUCUGACAAGUGAACUGUUUAAUGCUAAUCAGAAUGACAACAUUGAAAGACGACGUCAUGAAAGUGGUGAUCGGAGACGCAAUGAUAAUCCCGAUUCAGCAUCUAAUGGGCAGCCACAACACAGCACUCGGCAAGUUGUGGAACAAGAUGAAGAUGAAGAUGAAGAGUUGACACUGAAAUAUGGAGCAAAGCAUGUGAUUAUGCUGUUUGCACCUGUCACACUUUGUAUGGUGGUGGUAGUUGCAACCAUCAAGUCUGUCAGUUUUUAUACACGCAAGGAUGGACAGCUCAUCUACACCCCAUUCACGGAAGAUACAGAAACAGUUGGACAAAGGGCUCUGAAUUCCAUUCUCAAUGCUUCCAUCAUGAUUAGCGUCAUCAUUGUCAUGACUAUACUCCUGGUUGUGCUUUAUAAAUACAGGUGCUAUAAGGUGAUCCAUGGAUGGCUCAUCGUUUCUUCACUCUUCUUGCUUUUCUUUUUCUCAUUCAUUUACUUAGGGGAGGUUUUUAAGACCUAUAAUGUUGCCAUGGACUACUUUACCCUAGCACUCAUGAUCUGGAACUUUGGUGUGGUGGGAAUGAUCUGCAUUCACUGGAAAGGCCCUCUCCGGCUCCAGCAAGCCUAUCUCAUUAUGAUAAGUGCUCUGAUGGCCCUGGUAUUUAUCAAAUACCUCCCUGAAUGGACUGCCUGGCUCAUCCUGGCAGUGAUUUCAGUGUACGAUCUGGUUGCUGUAUUGUGUCCUAAAGGGCCUCUUCGUAUGCUAGUUGAAACAGCCCAAGAAAGAAAUGAAACUUUGUUCCCAGCGCUUAUUUAUUCAUCAACAAUGAUAUGGCUGGUGAACAUGGCUGAGGAAGAUUCUGAAGCCCAAAAGACAGCCAACAAAAACUCCACUUACGAUAAACAAGUUACAACGAAUCAGAGUCAGAAUGCAGGUGCUGACACUGAUGAUGGAGGUUUCAAUCCAGAAUGGGAGCAACAACGGGACAGUAGGAUAGGGCCUCUUGAAUCAACCCCUGAAACACGAGCUGCUGUUCAGGCACUUCCCAGUAAUUCCCUAACAAGUGAAGAUCCAGAGGAAAGGGGAGUUAAGCUUGGUUUAGGAGACUUCAUUUUCUACAGUGUUCUAGUUGGCAAAGCCUCAGCAACAGCCAGUGGCGACUGGAACACAACUUUAGCCUGUUUUGUAGCCAUUUUAAUUGGCCUGUGCCUUACUCUGUUGCUGCUUGCCAUUUUUAAAAAGGCCUUACCAGCUCUUCCAAUCUCUAUCACCUUUGGGCUUGUUUUCUAUUUUGCCACAGAUAACUUGGUGCAACCUUUUAUGGACCAGCUAGCAUUCCAUCAGUUUUAUAUCUAGCACACUCUGAGUUAAUCACCUCUGGACAUUUGUAAUGACUGUAGCAAAUAUGGGGGGAGCGAGGAGAAAAGAUUUCCCCCUGUUUCUUAUCUGCCACUGUGCUGGGCACUACUGAUUCUUCUCUGUAAAAAAAGGUCUCUUACGGAAAGGGUUAUAGCACAUUAAGUCUUCAGCUAUCUGAGUUAUACAUCUUUGAAAGGCCCAUAUGUACAAAAGAUACCUGUGCUGUCAUCAGCAACACUACUGUUCAGCAUAGUGAUUCCACCUUCAUCCCACUGCUGAAGAGUGCUGUGAGGUUAAAGAACGGGGACUGGUAAACCAAACUAAGCUAUCUGAACCAUUUGAAGUUAGCCUGGCUCCAGAACAUCAUCAACUGCUGCAUCCUGAUCCCACUGUGUGUUACCUGGAGAACAGCAACUGGACUGUGUAUGAGAGAAUUUGAUCUUGUCUAAAGAGAAAAUCAUGCAAGUCACCCUGUGUGUUUUGUGUUAAAUUUAAAAUUUUCUAAUUGUCAGAUUAGGUGCAAUUUAGCACAAAAUCCUGAGUGCAAAUUUGCAUAUUUCUAGCAUUCUUCAGCACAAAACACACACACACUGAUUAUGCUGCCAAGUGUUAAUUGGAUUCCAUUUACAAUAGAUUACUCAUGAGAUCAGAGUUGGGAUCUUUGAACCUUUAUUAAUUCUAGAUUCCUCUCUCCCGCCCCAAAAAAUAAUAUGCUGAACACUUAAUGUUCUUUUAGCAUUAUAAUGAGUUCUAUAAUCUGUUCAAAAAUUAAGAGAGAGAAGACGUGAGAGGCUUAAAAAGCUACAGAACAGCAAUGAAACACUGCAACCAAAACCAUUUCUAGCUUUAAUUUUUUAACAAAAUGGUGAAUUUUUGAAUUCCAUCUCAUUUUCUCAAACUUUUUUUUGUAUUUCUUGGGAUCAUUCUGUAAAAUGGGAUGUGUUAUACUCUAAGAGUAAAAAGAUAAAAUAUUUUAUAAAGCUGAGGGCUGAUACACAUAUAACAUUUACCCCCCUUCCCCAGGAUUAUUAAGGAACAAUAGUUGUGAAAGCAUACAUAUAAAAAAUAAUACAUUUGAGUUGGUCAUACAUAUGGAUUUUUCAGACCAGGCCUAUAACCAAAACAAUAAAUUAUUGCAUGGCCCUACUCAUGGGAUCAUUCCAGAAAAAUGCUUGUGAUAGCCACUUCUAGGGUAACUUUUUUUUUACUUGUAAUUUCCACUGGGAAUCAUUUCAGAACUCCUGUGGAAGUGUCUGUUAUGUCAGAAACAAGGCCUAAAACCUACUCACAGACUAUAUUAGCUAUGUUGCCUUUCUUUGAUUGCCGUAUAGAAACUAGAACAUCUCUGUUGAAAUAAGAUGUAGUUGCCUAACUAAUUCCAUAGCACUGAAUCGCUCACAAUUGCCUAUUGAAUUCAAUCUGAAUAAAUAUUAAUAAAGUGAAAAACACAUAGAGGCACUCAGUCAAUCUGAGAUAAACUAGAGCAAGCUGUGUAAAUAAUAGCUUGCUCUUUCCAAUUGUAUUUGAGGAAGAGAAUCUGAAAUGAACUAUUGAUUAUCGGGAUAAGCUGUUGGUAUUUUGUGUUGUAUGUUCCUCAUUUGAGGAAGAAUUGUCAGUAUGAUAACUAUAGAAGAAGAUUGACAAAGCCUGAUACUACUGUUGAUAGAAUACACCCUAGAGUCGCAUCUUAGUAGAGUUUUAGGAGUACAGAGAGUUCCUCUUAAAUGUGAUGUGUUAUUGGCAGAAACCGAAGCACUAGUUACUUCCCAAAAAAACCGAUAGAAGUCUUACCUGAAUUUCAGGAGGUCCUUAGAGACUUGCUGAAAAUUGACUCACAGUACUAGUAUUUCACUGCCUAAAAGCAAUUGUACCAUGUUUGUUAGGCCUUGGUGAAGUGGUAAACCUAUAUCUGCAAACUCUGCCUCUUUAGACUACAGACGAAGACUAUGAUAGAAUCCCCUUCUGCACACAAAAAUUCCCCCCACUUAAAAAAAAAAAAUCCUAGCAGAAAUCCUCCCUGACCGGCUAGUCAUCUAACCCUCAAGUUAGAAGACUCAAGUUGGAAAGCUCUUCUUAACUAGUACAUUGAAUACCAUAAACUUUAAUUAAAAAUUAAACUAAGUAAUAUCUUUAGGUCUUGAGCUCACACCUAGGAAGUAGGAAAUGCACAAGAGUCUGAAACAUAAGAGCACUAUUUGUAUCUUGUAAAAUAUUAGAGGCUGGACUGUAUUACUACUAGUUACCUACUCAAGGGCAGCACUCACGUGGUUUAAGAAUGGUAACAGAAUUUUUUAAAAUACACAAUAUAUUGUGUAUUUAAUAUAAUCCCCAUUCUGAAAGAUCGUAUAACCCAGAACAGGCUACUAGGUACUAAUAGCUUUUUGAGGCAGAAUUACAAGAGUACUACUGUGAAAGCGGAUUUUCUCUCCCUUUUCUGUAUAAUUUAGUUUAUUAACAGACUGAUAACAAAUAUGGGGGAAAUGUCCAUUAUACCAUAUAGUAGCAUUUUAAAAUGAGGCAGGUCUAAGUUUCAGUGUCACUUACAAAUAUUUGGCUAAUACAAUUAUUCAACCUUGGUAAUUGCCAAACUGUUAAGGGCUGUAGUAAGCUGAAAACAGCGGAAUAUUCUUGUAGUAUGAAGCACAGCGUGGAUGUCUUUGACUUGCAAGCUCUUGAUUAUUAAAGUUGGAAUUCUAUCCUUAUACAUGACAGUUGCUUUAUGAUGUAGUAAAAAAAACAAAUAAUUGGGCGUAUAUUACAGCAGAUUAUUAGAAAGGACAGUAGGGCCCCACUCAUACAGUGGGUUACGUUCCAGACCCCCACUGAAAAGCAAAAAUUGCCGGAAAGUGGGACAUAGCUCGAAGCCUGCUGCUGCUCUGGCGCGAUCAGCUAUACAGUACAGCUGAUUGUGCAUUCCAGCUGAUCGCUAUCAGCUGUAGCAUGGUGGCUGGAGCUCCCAGUGCUCCAGCCGCCGCACUCCAGCUGACGGUGAUCAGCUGUAGCGCAGGGAGCUCUAGCCACUUGGCAGCACUUGGCCCCACUUGGCCCCUGAAGCUCCCUGUGCUACAGCUGAUCACUCCUCUGGUGCUGUAUUAGCAGAACGCCGAAAAGUGGGGCCCUACUAGAUAAAGAUCAUUUCCUCAGUUUUAUUGGUAAAUUAUUUUGGCAGCUACGUGUAACGACCAUUAUCAAGAAAUCUACAGUACUUGGAUUUGUACAAUGGUGUGAUUUGUUUUAUCUUACUUUAUUGGUCUGCCAAUAGGAAUACUGGAAAUUCUUUUACACUCUAGCUUUUGGUUUGGGGUUUUUUUGGGGGGGGGGUUUCCAGACACUGGUUUGUAUAUAAACUGAACUGAAUGUGAAUAAGCCUUUUUAAAACACCUUUCCAAUUAAAUAUAAUUUUGAUAGGUUAUUGCAAUUUCCCCUGUAUUUAUCUAAUUAUUAAAAAUAAAGAAUGCAUGGAUCCUG